AUGAGUGAUAAUUCUCUGGGACAUGUCAAUCACAUAAGUAAUAAUUCUAACCACGCAAAUGAUAUCAAUCAAAGCAAAAUAAAAGCUCUCCAAAGAGAUCAAUCUAGAAACUCUAGUCAGUUAAGGAGCAAUCCUUAUGAACAUUUUAACGGACCAUCUGAAGAGGAGGUGAUUCGGCUAUGUAGAAAUAUAUUGUGUUCAUGUAAGGCGGUCAGUGUACAGAUCCAGGGAGUGCUGCAGACCAGGAGGUCACAGUUGGAGGCGAAACAACUUCAUUCAAGACAAAGAAACACAUAUAAUACUAUGUUACAAAUAAUACCAGUAUUAUCACUAGGGUUGAGGCUGACAUUUCUACUGACUUUGCACUUUUACCUCUCACUGGACACUUCUACUAUAUGCAAUAAAACUAGCAUCAAAGCUCUAAAGAUGGCGCUCCAGUACUGUGAGAAACUGCUCACACUAACUCACAUAGAGAAAAAUAGAUGGCAGGAGAGUGUACUUUUGACAACAACAUUAGGAAAUGGAAUCAAUGAUUUGCUGAACUAGUUGUGACUUGACAGAAGAAUCAGUUUUUAUUGUACCUCAAAAAGGACAUAUGCUGUUGAUUUGAAAUUAUGGAUUGGGAAAUAAAGCAGUCCUGGCUCCCAUUCCAGCAUUCUGCAGAGGCAUUAAACUGUAGUUUAUGUUAAAGAAUGUACAGUUUUGACACCUUGAAAUCUAUCUAAAACCAAUGUGGCACACAAGACAAUAGACUGUCACAUGCAUGUAGUGCACGAAAGCUGAAUUAUUAACGGCCUAUUUGCUCAUUCAAUUUCAUUCAUUUCAAAAUUUCCCUUAAAUUUGAUCAUGGGCCAUUUACCUUUCAUAAGAGUCAGUGUAGGGUUUAAAUUAGAUAAACCAU